CAGGCUCUGGGACAGCCAGCAGGGUGGUGGGGUGCACACCAGGCUGAGCCGGACCGUGGGCAGCAGGAGGCUGCAACCCCUCAUGACAAGGUGGCAGGCCACCAGGCUGUCCUGUGCAGAAGCCCCGAGGCUUCUUCUUCCCUGGGCAGGUGCCACAUGGUGUAUGACAGCUGCUGACCGGCCGGCUGGCCACAGAGCACCCCAGCCCGGCCUCUCCCGACCACGCAGCACAGCAGGGACCCACCAUGGCCUCCAGCAGCGCCGAGGGCCAGCUGCAGAGAAUCAUCCGCGACCUGCAAGAUGCGGUGACAGAACUAAACAACGAGUUUAAGGAAGUGGGAGAGCCCAUCACCGACGACAGCACCAGCCUGCACAAGUUCUCGUACAAACUCGAGUACCUCCUGCAGUUCGACCUGAAGGAGAAGGCCAGCCUGCUGGGCACCAAGAAGGACUACUGGGACUACUUCUGCGCCUGCCUGGCCAAAGUGAAGGGCGCCAACGACGGCAUCCGCUUCGUCAAGUCCAUCUCAGAGCUCCGGACGUCACUGGGGAAAGGAAGAGCCUUUAUCCGCUACUCCCUGGUGCACCAGAGGCUGGCGGACACCUUGCAGCAGUGCUUCAUGAACACCAAGGUGACCAGCGACUGGUACUACGCGAGAAGCCCCUUUCUGAAGCUGAAGCUGAGCUCGGACAUUGUGGGCCAGCUCUAUGAGCUGACCGAGGUGCAGUUUGACCUGGCCUCGAGGGGCUACGACUUGGAUGCUGCUUGGCCGACAUUCGCCAGGAGGACACUGGUACCUGGCUCCUCUGCACACCUGUGGAAGGCCCCCAGCCGGAGCUCCAGCAUGAGCAGCCUGGUGAGCAGUUACUUGCAGACCCAGGAGAUGGCCUCCAGCUUCGACCUAGCCAGUCCCCUGAACAACGAGGCACUGGAGGGCUUCGACGAGAUGCGGCUGGAGCUGGACCAGCUAGAGGUUCGGGAGAAGCAGCUGCAGGAGCGCGUGCAACAGCUGGACCGGGAGAACCAGGAGCUGCGGGCGGCAUUCAGCACACAGCGGAAGCAGCUGCAGGCAGAGAAGCAGCAGGGGCACGCUGCCGCAGAGGACCACAGUCACCUCCUGGACCUGGUAGCUGAGCUCCAGAAGCAGUGGGAGGUCACCCGGGCCACGCAGGAUGCCGUCAAGGAGCUGCAGAUGUGCCUCCAAGCCCUGGAUCGGGAUACAGCCAAGGAGAGGGAUGGCUCCGCUCUGCAGCGCCUGGAAGCUGUGCUGCAGCCCCUGGCACAGGAGCUCAAGACUGCCCGGGACUCCCUGGGCAAGAACCAACUUUUCUCUAGCCUCUUGGACUGGCCAGCCAGGGCUGAGCAGAGGGCAGACACGGCCCCAGACACAGAAGGGCAGCAGGAGCCCAUCCAGGCUGACUUGGCCCUAAACCUCGGAGAACUGAAGGAGAAGCUCCAAUCCCUGGAAAGGGAGAGCACCGGGAUCCCAGAGCUCAGCAGGCAGCGGAGCGCACAGCUAAAGGAGGAGGCCUGGGCUGGCCCGGAGCGCCAGAUGCAGGAGGUGGCACCACUCCAUAAAGAGCUGUCCGGGAAGGAGCAGGAGGCAGCUCAGCUCCAGCAGCAGCUGCAGGAGUCGCUGGCCCGCUCAAGCUCCCUGGAAGAGGAGCUGGCAAGGCUGAAGCAGGAGGAGCAGCUGCAGCGGGAAGAGAAGGAGAUGCUGGCACAGGAGGCCCGGUCCCUGAGCCGGCAGCUGCAGGUCCUGGAGACCCAGCUGGCACAGGUGAGCCAGCAUGUGGGUGACCUGGAGGAGCAGAAGAGGCAGCUCAUCCAGGACAAGGACCACCUCAGCCAGAAAGUGGGUGCACUGGAGCGGCUCACUGGGCAGGCAGCUCCAGAGCCACCUGUGGCCAGUGAGCAAGGUGAGGCCCCCGCCUCCUCAACCUCCACCCUACAGCAUACCGGUAAGACACCAGAAGAAGGGCAAGAGGAUGGUACCAAGGUGCCAGCAGGCGAACAAGAGGAAGAACUCCUCCAGGCCAACCGGGAGCUGCAGAGGGAGCUGCAGAGCAUGGUUGGGCGCAACCAGUUGCUGGAGGACAAGCUGCAGGCCCUGCAGGCUGACUACCAGGCGCUGCAGCAGCGGGAGGCAUCUAUCCAGGGCUCUCUGGCCUCCCUGGAGGCCGAGCAGGCCAGCAUCCGGCACCUGGGUGACCAGAUGGAGGCAAGCCUGCAGGCCGUGCAGAAGGCCAAGAAGGCCAUGAAGGCGCAGGUGGCUGAGAAGGAAGCCGCUCUGCAGAGCAAGGAGGAUGAGUGCCGGCAGCUGCGGGAGGAGGCGGCACAGUGCCGGCAGCUGGCAGAGUCCCGGGACGCGGAUCUCAAAGUCCUCGCCAAUGAGUGCCACCACCAGGCCCAGGUGAUAGAGGCCCUCAGGGCAGAGAAGAGCCAGCAGGGCCUCGGCCCACCCCAAGACGGGACUGCACAGCUGGCCCUGGCCCAGGCACAGCUUGAAGUCCACCAGGGGGAGGCCCAGCGGCUGCGGGCUGAGCUGGUGGACCUGCAGGCUAAGCUCCAGGCAGCCCUGGGUGAGCAAGACAAGGCGCAAAGCCAGCUGAGGGUGGCCGAGGAGGUGCUGAGGGAGCACAGGACGUUGGUGCAGCAGCUGCAGGAGCAAAACGAGGCUCUCAACAGGGCCCAUGUCCAGGAGCUGCUGCAGUGCUCAGAAGCUCGGGAAGGGCUCCAGCAGGAGGGCAGGGCCGACGCAGCCCAGCAGCACAGGCAGGAGCUGCAGGCCCUGCAGGAGGAGCUGGCCCGGGCCACACGCAGCUCUGAAGAGGCCCGGCUGGAGCAUGCCGAGCUGCAGGAGCAGCUGCACCGGGCCAACACGGACACCGCCGAGCUGGGCAUCCAGGUCUGCACCCUGACCGCAGAAAAGGAGCGCAUGGAGGGGGAGCUCCGCACAUGCCAAGAGGCUGCUUCCCGCGAGAGAGAGCGCCUGGAGCGACACGUGGCAGAGCUACUUCAGGAGACGGCAAGCCUGCAGGAGAAGCUGGCGGCAGCCGAGCACGCCGCCAGCUCCCUGGCUGGCCUGCAGGCCCAGCUGGCGCAGGCUGAGCAGCAGGCACAGAGCCUCCAGGAGGUCGCGCACCAGGAGCAUGACACCCUCAAGUUCCAGCUGAGUGCUGAGAUCAUGGACCACCAGAGAAGGCUGAAGGCUGCCACCGAAGAGUGCAGGAGCCUCAAGGCCCAGCUCGAGCAGCAAGGCCAGCAGCUGCAGGCUGCAGAAGAGGCCAUGGGCAAGCUGAAGGCCACCCAGGCGGACAUGGCAGAGAGGCUGAGCUGCACCAGCGGCCGUCUUUCCGAGUGCCAGGCUGCUGUGGUCCAGAAGGACGAGGAGGCGGCGGCCCUGCGGGAGAGUCUGCAACGGACCCAGAAGGAGCUGGAGGUCGCCACCACCAGAAUCCAGGAGUACUGCAACAAACUCCGCGAGGAGGUGAGCGACCGGAAGCAGAGCGACCAGAAGCUGCUGGCGGACCUGGACGACCUGAACAGAACCAAGAAGUACCUGGAGGAGCGGCUGAUAGAGCUGCUCAGGGACAAGGAUGCGCUGUGGCAGAAGUCCGACGCGCUGGAGUUCCAGCAGAAGGUCAGCACCGUGGAGCGGUGGCUUGGGGACACAGAGGCCACCCACUGCCUCGACUGCAAGCGGGAGUUCAGCUGGAUGGUGCGGCGGCACCACUGCAGGGUGUGCGGCCGCAUCUUCUGCUACUACUGCUGCAACAACUACGCGCUGACCAAGCCCGGUGGCAGGAAGGAGCGCUGCUGCCGUGCCUGUUUCCGGAAGUUCGGCGAAGGCCCAGGCUCCCCCAGCAGCUCCGACUCGACCACCAGCCCGGGAGAUGCCAGCCCCAGGCUGUCCCCGGCCCACGCUGGGACCCAGGCCGCAGGAAGCCAAGGAGCUGACUGCAGGCAGCCAGACGACGCCGUGUUCGACAUCAUCACGGACGAGGAGUUGUGCCAGAUCCAGGAGUCCGGCUCCUCUUUGCCAGAAACACCCACGGAAACCGAUUCUCUGGACCCGAGUGUGGCCGAACAAGACAACGCCUCACACUUGCUGACCCCCGAGGAUACUGAGGACUUGCCCAUGGGGCAGGAUGCCGAAAUCUGCCUGCUGAAGUCCGGGGAGCUGAUGAUCAAGUUACCCCUGACCGUGGACGAGAUCGCCAGCUUCGGCGAGGGCACCAGGGAGCUGUUCGUGAGGUCCAGCACCUACAGCCUGAUCCCCAUCACCGUGGCCGAGGCGGGCCUCACCAUCAGCUGGGUCUUCUCCUCCGACCCCAAAAGCAUCUCGUUCAGCGUGGUCUUCCAGGAGGCAGAGGACACGCCCCUGGACCAGUGCAAGGUCCUCAUCCCCACGACCCGGUGCCACUCCCACAAGGAGAGCAUCCGGGGCCAGCUGAAGGUGCGCUCGCCUGGCAUCUACAUGCUCAUCUUCGACAACACCUUCUCCAGGUUCAUCUCCAAGAAAGUGUUUUACCACUUGACGGUUGACCGGCCUGUGAUCUACGACGGCAGUGACUUCCCGUAGUGCCAGGCACCUGAGCUCCACGGUGUCACCUUAUCCACAGGAAACACUACACUUCCUCCCCUGUCACAUGAAGCCCAAGAAAAAGAAAGAGAAGAGGAGAGGCAGAGCGCGGCCACCAGCCUGGCCUUGAGCCCGCAGCUCUGCCCUCAGCCCCCAAACAUCCUCUCAGCCCCCGGCUCCUAAGCUCAGCAACAUUUUCCCAGCAGUCCUCACACCCCGGGGGCGCCCGCCGGAGCUUCCACCUCUCCUGGAGCACAGCUGGUCCGAGCCAGGCUCAACCCAGCAACUCCCCGGUGACCUUGCUCCGGGUGCGCCAGGCCCACCCUGUGCGUCGCGGGACGGCCCAGACCGGGGCUGCUGCGGGUCCUCCCACCACCCCUGCCAGCCCCUCCUCCGGGCACUCGCUGUCGCUUAAGUGUGGGGCUGCACCGCACUCAGCGAUUUGGAGGGGGCCGCUAAGCAACGCUGUCCUCACGGGGCUUUGCCCGGGUGGCUCUGUCCUUGGGCAAAGCCCUCGCUCAGUCAGGCCCCUCAGGUCAGCACAGCCCAAAACCCAGUGUGCCCGGGGCGUCUGGGGCCGGGGAGCUCGAGACCCGCGCAGCACCGUGAGUCACCCUGCUCUAGCCUGGCUGUUUACACACAGGAAUGUCCGCCUCACCGAGACACCUGUGUUCCAGUGGGCAGAGCCAGGCGGGGCCACUUUCAAACGCUGAACAAGUCUUCGGUGACUUAGAAAGUAGAGUAGCAGAGGAAACAGGUCGUAACUUAUUCUUGUCCCCACUCCCCCUGCCAGUGCCCAGCCCCAUGUGCCCACUUCCUUCCCUGACGGGGUCCUUCCCUUUACCCCCACGAGGAGCUCCCACUUGCUGGCCUCUGUCCCGCGCGGCUGGCCACCUGCAGUCCCGCCGCAGUGCAUCCACAGGUGUGCAGAGUGUGGGACACAGUGGCCCGCUGCGGCCUACUAGGCGCCCAGCCCGGUCACAGCGCCAGCAGAGAGGACCGCUGUGGGUCACACGUGAGAGGAGGACAGAAGAGCCGGGGCUCUCGUGCCCUGUCCUCGAGCUGCCUGUCCGCGGCGGCCAGGUGCCGUCAUGCACUGUUGCGGGCACGGCUGCUCAGCAUGGGGCAGAGAGCUUUCCAGUCUCCAGUGUCCUCCCUGCAUGCCUCACGGCCUGAGGGGUCUCAGGAGCGGGCUGUCCCACCUUCAGACCCCCGCCUUCUUGCAUAGGCCAUCAGAAGCUAACAAAGGAGCCCCUGGCAUAGCCCUGAAUCUCCUGUCAGUGCUGGUUUCCCAGGAUGCCUUGGGGCUCUGGCCAACCUGAUGGCCCCUCGCUGGUCCCCCUGCCACCCAGCACAGCAGGAACCACCUUCCCAAGUAGCUGCUGUGGGUGGGGCCUAGAAGGGCCCGCCAUCCCUCCGAGUUCCGUUCUGAACAUCUGCCUCGUCACAGCAGGGACUGAGGUUCAGAGACCACGGGCUGUCUGAAGCCACCCAGAACCGCUCCUGGAGGACGGCCGGGCCCCGGUCACUUCCUGUGGGCCUCAGCCUGUCUAUUUCUUGUGCUGAGUGGACUCUCGUACAAUAUUAGCUUGCUGCUCAGCUCCAGUUUGCAGUACACUCUGUAGCUAAAGAACAUGUUGGCCCGUCGAAGGCUGACUUACACACAUAGCUUUAUUCUUACUCUUACAGUUCCCAGCUGUACUGAGGUUUAGAGCCUGGGGUCAUUUUUUAAAAUGCAAAUGACGGUUGAAUCACUGCUGAUGGCCAUAGCCCUGUGAGGCACAGCUAUACCAGAAGUCACAGCAGCCGUCCCGGCCCCGGGUCACUACCCCUUCCAGCCUCACUUUCUGAAGCAUGGCGACCUGCCUGACACAGGCAUCCACCACCGAGGCCGCAUGGUCCCCGCGGAGCACCCGGCCUGGGGACACGACUGCAGGGGGAUACGGCGAAAGCAGACAGAGUCUACCACAGGAGUCUGAACUUCAGAACCCCAUGGGCUUGGGAAGUAGCGAAGCAAAGCCUCGUCACAUAACUCAGAGGUGAAGGAACGGUGUUUCUGAAUGUUCAGCGGCUAUCUGCAGCAGUGAGGCGCUCCAGCCCCGAUGGAAGGAAAUAUUCCUGGAAGGGUGGGGUCUCAUUCUGGUGGACACUCUCGGAUAGGCUUCAUAGGAGUUUCAUUUUUAAAGUCUGCCUUGAAUCCUUUAGACCGGAAAGCCAUUCUUAGAUCAGGCUUGGGAACUGGAGCAAAGAGAAGCCAUCUGAGGUGCUCAGAACCAAGGAGCGCCUUGCCCUCUGAGACCACCGCGCACGUCUACACAGGUCAGGGCUCAGCGGGGCUCGGGUGAGCUGCUCUCCCGUCGUCGUGGUUCUGCCAAGGAAACAGGAGAGAUGGGUUAAUGACUCCCUUUUCCCUUACAAGCACUUUUUUUUAAUAAAGUAGAUCUCUAAAUUUCAGGGAGCAUCUUUGGUAGGCCAAAGCAAAGCAAAAAACAUGGCUUCCUGAGAGCCUCGUGGUGCGCAUUAUCCAGAGACGCUGCCCCAGAGCUGCAGGGACACCAAGCCUGGGGCAGAGGCUCUGGAAUCAAAAUGCACUUUAAUGCCCCUCCUGUCCGCGGCCUUAGGACGGCGGGUGUGGGCGCCCGCGUCACUCUUAGCUGCCAAAGAAUCGCCCAGUGGCACAUUGGACACCAGCAGCCGCCCCACAGUGGGGCCAAGACACUUGUACCCCAGAACAUCUUCCUUUAUAGCGUCUGCUAAGCCAUUUGGAAAUAUUUUUAAACCUCAGGAUUUAAAUAAACACUAUGGCAUCGGGA